UUGAAAUGCCUAAAAGAGGCAGAGCAAGUUGGACGAAACAGUCGGUCCCCAUUACAACUCAUCCAAUACCUUUCCAUUUUUCUAAACCCCCCUUAUCACUAUUCCAAGAAAAAGUCUUCUCUUCCCAUUAACAAAAUUCUUCAUUCAUUCUUUGAUUUGCUCAACUUUUGAUUUUCAUCUAAUAUACGAUUCAAUUCAACAUUUUAUUCGCUCGAAUUCAAGUACAACAAUCUUUAGAAUAUGGCAGUUUCUCCUGAAGAAUCUUUCCCGCCAAGAAAACGGCGGCCGUCGGCGAACUCCUUCGUCGCCCCGAAUCUCUCCGAUCACAAUCUCCUCCAAUCACUUCUCCUCUUAUCAUCAGAAAUAUCAACUCUACAACCUUUACUAUUUCUCCUGAAAAAAAACACUUCCUCUAUAAUCAGGAAAUCAAAGCUUUUAUCAAUUUUGUUCGAGGAAAUUAACGGUAGAGAUUGUAGCAGUUCAAACGAUCCCACUACAUCACGACAUGUAACCGGCUUUCCACCGUCCGCGGUAUUAUGCUUCGACGAAUUGUACAUAGUUUUACAGCGAAUCAAAACUUUGCUUGAAGAUUGCCGUAAUUGUAGUAAGAUGUGGCUACUUAUGCAAAUUGAGGUGUUUUCUAAUGCUUUUCAUGAACUUACGCUUGAGCUGGCCAUUUUACUGGAUAUUCUUCCUGCUAAAAAGCUGAAACUGAACGACGACGUUCAGGAAUUGCUGGUUCUCGUUACGAAGCAGUGCUCGGAGAAUUCAGCUUAUGUUGAUCCAAAGGAUCAAGAUUUGCGAUCUCAAGUUGUUGAAAUGCUCGACAGGAUAGAACGAGAAAUCGUUCCUGAUCAAUCUAAAUUGGUGGAGAUUUUCGAUAAAUUGACUUUGCGUGAUUCUAUGAGUUGCAGGGAUGAAAUUGAGUUAUUGGAAGAAGAAAUUCAAAGCCAAACGGACGAGAAAUCGAAAUCUGGUAUCAUCGCAUUGAUCGGAUUUGUACGCUACGCUAAAUGCGUGUUGUACGGUGGUUCCACGCCGAGAACCAAUUCCCGGCGGCGGCGGGCGGCGGGGGAUGUUAGUGUUCCGGCGGAUUUUCGGUGUCCGAUUUCGCUUGACUUGAUGAGAGACCCUGUGGUGGUCUCCACGGGACAAACAUACGACCGCAGUUCAAUAACCCUUUGGUUCGAAUCGGGUCAUACCACGUGUCCUAAAACGGGUCAAACCCUGACCCACACGGAAUUAACUCCAAAUUCAGCGUUGAAGAAUUUGAUAGCUAUGUGGUGCAGAGAACAGAAAAUUCCGUUUGAGUCAACGGAGUUGAACGUUAAAUCUAACGGUAUUGUUACCAACAAAACGGCAUUGGAAGCCACGAAAAUGACAGUGUCAUUUUUGAUCAACAAGCUGAAGGCGUCGCAAUCUGUUGAAACGGCUAAUCGGCUUGUUCAUGAGCUUCGCGUCCUAGCCAAGACGGACUCGGAUAGCCGAGCCUGCAUUGCGGAAGCUUCAGCUUUGCCGUUAUUGGUUAAGCUCUUAGGUUUGGAGUAUCCGAGCCUACAAGUUAACGCCGUUACAACAAUUCUCAAUCUGUCAAUUCUUGAAGCGAACAAGACGAGGAUAAUGGAAACAGACGGAGUUUUAAACGGAGUUAUUGAAGUGUUACGAUCAGGUGGCACGUGGGAGGCAAAGGGAAACGCGGCAGCAACCAUUUUUAGCUUGACAGGUGUACCGGCUUACAAGAAGAAAUUGGCUCGGAAGACACGUGUCGUGAAGGGAUUGAUGGAUUUAGCGCGCGAGGGGCCCACAAAUUCGAAGAGGGACGCCUUAGUGGCAAUUUUGAACUUGGUGGGAGAUAGGGAGGCAGUUGGGAAGUUGAUUGAAGGCGGGGUGGUUGAAAUGGUGGCGGAGAUUAUGGAUGGACUAAUGGAAGAGGCAGUGACGAUUCUUGAAGUGGUGGUGAAGAAGGGUGGAUUGGUGGCUGUAGCGGCCGCGUAUCCGUUGAUUAAAAAACUGGCCAUAGUAUUAAGGGAUGGCACGGAUAGAGCUAGAGAAAGUGCAGCCUCGACACUGGUGAACAUGUGCCGGAAAGGGGGAUCAGAUAUGGUGGCAGAGUUGGCGGCGGUUCAAGGGAUUGAGAGGGUGAUUUGGGAAAUAAUGGGAACGGGAACAGGGAGGGCUAGAAGAAAAGCAGCAACAUUGUUGAGAGUUCUAAGGAGAUGGGCUGCUGGAUUGGAUGCAGAAGUGGCAUCAGGGGCUUAUUCAGAUGUGAAUAUGAAUACCACUUCAACCAGAAUAGUAUUGCCAGCAACGGUUGUACCGGUGAGGCUCAAGCUUGUGUUUCCAAAAAUAGUAUUGCUUCAUUGAGGCUCUUCCAUACCUCCCAAAGUAAUAUCGCAAUCCUGACUGUAUUUGACAACGAGGGAAAGCAUACAAAAGAGCAGGAAGCUGUACUUCAUUGGACACCCUUAAUCCAGAUGAGAAAACUUUGGAUCUCUUGAAUUCUUCAUUUACCAUCUUCUACAAUAGUCAUUAAACAGAUCCAGUUCAUAGACAAUAGAGAUAUAUAAUGUUGUCCCAUCAUGUCAACCUUUCCUUGGGAUGUAGAAAGUACAUUAUUGUGCAUAAGAAAUUCCAGAAAUGCAGAUGAUAACAAGAGUUCAAAGGAGGGUCAAACAAUAUGGGGGACCUUACAAGUCUUGGUACUGCUUUUUUAGUGUUUCUGGGCUGGUUCUUGAUGGGCCAACUUCGACAUAUAUAGCUAACACCAUAAUCACUUGAAGAAUGGAUUACUAAAGAAAGCCAUUUGACAACAAAAAAUUAAGUCUUCAUUAAUCAGUGAAGUCUCCUUGAACUUAAUCUAGUGUAAAUAUGUUUUGCACCAUCAGUGUAUAAGUACUCCUUGAACUUAAUUUAGUGUAAAUAUGUUUUGCACCAUUAGUGUAUACACUUAAAACUUCAGAUAGAAUUUACGACAAUGUAAAGAGUUUUUACACAUCAGUAAUAUUGUAUUUUUCACA